AUGCAUUCUCAUCUCCACACUUCUUACAAUGCCAAUUGCGAAGAGAUCAUGACUGCUCUUGACGAGUGCCACGCCAAGGGUUUCCUACACAAGGUCAUUGGAAGCUGCAAUGAUAUCAAGCGCGAUGUGAACAAGUGCCUUUCCGCAGAGCGAUACCAGCGCGCAAAGCGCAACCGAGAUGAUGCGCGCAGCAACCGUCGGCGUGUUGAGGAUAUUUGGGCCAAAGAGCGCGAGCUUUCUCAAGGGCCUGCUGUGGCGAAUGUUGCCACGGAGGCUAACACUAGUGCCGCGAAGCAAUAG